AUGGUUCUCAAACUAUACGGAUUUUCUCCGUCGACUAAUACCCAGCGGGUCGUCCUCGUUCUUAAUGAAUUGAAGGUCCCUUUUGAGUACGUCACCGUCGACUUAGCCAAAGGAGAGCAUAAGAGCGAGGAAUACAUGAAAAUCCAGCCCUUCGGUUAUGUUCCAUGCAUAGAUGAUGAUGGUUUCGUUCUCUAUGAAAGUAGAGCGAUUUGCCACUACAUAGUCGCCAAAUACGCCAGCCAGGGCACCCCGCUCGUUCCUACAGAAUUAAAGGCCAACGCCCUCUAUGCACAAGGCUUGAACCUAGAAGUGGCCAGUUUUGAAGCUGCUGCCGGUCCAUUUGUUUAUGAAAAGCUGUUUAAGCCAUACCAAGGCUUGACCCCUGAUGAACACUCCGUUAAGAUUUUCGAAUCGAAUCUCUUGCAGUGCCUGGACGGAUAUGAGAGAAUAUUGAAUAAACAAAAGUAUAUUGGUGGCAAUGAGUUAACCCUUGCUGACCUUUACCACCUCCCUUACCUUACUCUGCUUCCCCAGGUUGGGUUUAAUGCCAUUGAUGAGAAGCCUUCCGUCUCUAGAUGGGCAAAAGAAAUUCUUGCCCGACCAUCUUGGCAAGCCCUCCUUGCCAACGGUGCGAAGUCGACUAUCUAA